AUUGCACAUUUUGACAAAUUGUUUGGCGUGUUUCUAGCAUAUUUAUCAUUAUCCUUUUUUUUCAUUAGAAAUGUUUCGUACGCUCGAUCCACCCUAUUGCUCGGUUUACUCAAACAUGUGGUACUAAAUACACUCGAACGUAAAUGGUAAAUGAUACUUAUAUUACACGACUGUUAUGGCAACUGGCCAAUUACCAUUUAAUGUCUUAUGUCAAACGAUUUUAUACCAAAUGGCUUUAUGUCAAGCAGGGUAACCUUGUUCACGACGGCGCCUGUGGUAAGCGGUAAGCGUAACCGCCACUUACCCCAGUUGGUCUGGGAUCAAUAAUCCCAGCCGAGGUCGUUAAGAUUUUUCUGAGGUGAAAAAAAAUACUGAGGUCACGUCUUCUUUCAGAAGGGAAGUAAAGUCGUUGGUCCCCAGUCCAUGAGUUGAUGGGUCGAUAUCUAGUCCAGAUAGUGGGAGUUUCACCUCUCUGGCAUCGGUGUUUGGCCACGUAGCGGAAAUAUGUUGCACUGUUAGAACUGGUUAUUUUUCAUAUGAAUACAUUUUCUAAAAAAGUUUUCCUUCCGUUCUUUUGAGUUUUUAUACACCUUUUAUACACGAUUUCAACCACUCAUUUACAAAUUAGCUAACCCUCAGGCCCAGGAACACUUUUUUACUAGUGGUGUAUCCCCCGUAUACUUGCGCAUAUAUCAGUGGCGCCAUAAUCGCAAAUGCGAUCACAAUUCCAACUAAAAAUAUAUAUAAAUAAAGUUUACGAAGAAUUGUUGUCCAGUGUUAUGUAUGUUAGUCUGCCGUAUAAGUACCAUUUGGCAUAAGGUAUGAAAAUACUUUCGAAUGUAUUUAGUGCCACAUGUUUGAGUAACCCGAGAAAUUGGGUGGGUCGCACAUUUGUGUACGAAACAAUUGCAAUGCAACAGAAGGAUAAAUGCUCUAAAAACCCACCAAACCAUUUGUCAAAAUGUGCAUUCAUUUCGAUUUUAAUAUAGAUUCAAGGAAAGUUAGAAAGAAGGAAUCAACACCUAUAUUUGAAUAAACCGGGCAGACGAAAAGAUCACAGGUUUGCUUGCAAGAUUUAUUUGGCAUACAAAUUCAAAGAACUGCUCAUGUUUGAAAGAAGGAACCAAUCCCUUUGUUCAAGUAAACCCGUUACUCGAGUGGAUAACAGGUUUGCUUGGCCACCGUUUUUGACGGCACAUUUUUAGCAGUUUUAGACCGUAUCAGUUAGGUAAUGGUCAAACAUUUGGCUUCACCACAAAAAAUCAAUAAAAACAUUAAGUUUUCUAGGGAAUGACUUUUUGGGGAAUGGGACAUUCUAGAAAAUGGCUUUCUAGGGAAUGUUUUUCUGGGAAAUGGUACAUUUUGGGGGAUGGAAUUUCGGUGGAUGGCUUUCUGGGAUAUGGUUUUCUGGGGAAUGGCAUACAAUCAUUUUUUUAGCUGUGAGUAGAAAUGUAUGGAACUCUAUCCCCAUGGACAUUUCAGCUUUUAAAUGCAUUAUUUUUUCUUCCAGAUAAACUAUCUCGACACUAUCACGAACUCAAUGUAGAAAUUCAGAACCUAAUCGUUACCUGGUUACUGUAAACCAUUCCAAGCAGUAUACACCAACUGCAGCAAAGUGCCAUUACACUUACUUCACAGUGUAGAGAGAAUAGCGUCGUUCAAUCGGAUCCCAUCCGUAAACCAAUACCAUAUCAUCUAAGACCAUCAACGUCCACAACCACUUUUCACCUGAAAUAUGACCAACAUCAAAUAUGAACGCGUUAAGCAAACUAUCGACCAAGAGCCCCAGAAUGAGGAAAUCGAACUGGAAAGUGAGACUCAAAUGCGACACCACGCGGGACCCAAAGGGCACCAGCAGCAGUACGUGGUGGCAAACCGCGCAGCCUCGGCUGGAGCGGUUGGCAAGAAGAAAAGCUUCGCCAAUACUGUCAUCGUUACGUUGUUCCUGAUAAUGUGCUAUUUUACGCUCUCUAUCGGGCUUACCUUCUAUCAGCGGCUGUUGCUGCAGGAGUUCAAAUUUCCCCUAACAGUGGUGGUGUACCAUCUCUGUAUUAAACUAGUCAUGUCCGCCGUUGUACGAGCGAUCUACCGGUGUGCCACCAAAAAGAAACGCAUCCUGCUCGAUUGGCGAACGUCGGUACGGAAGAUUUUACCUACUGGGCUGGCCAGUGGUAUUGAUAUCGGGUUCUCAAACUGGGGACUGGAGCUGGUGCAGAUAUCGUUAUACACAAUGACCAAAUCCACCACGAUCGUCUUCAUUCUGAUAUUUGCUAUCCUAUUGAAAUUGGAGAAAAAGAGCUGGUCGCUGGGAGCCAUUGUGGUGAUGAUCUCCGGUGGACUCUUUCUGUUCACGUACAAAUCGACACACUUUGAUGCGCUCGGGUUUUCUUUCCUCCUGUUUGCAUCACUAUCCAGCGGAAUUCGGUGGACCUUCGCUCAGCUGAUAAUGCAAAAGUCCAAGCUAGGACUGCACAAUCCUAUCGAUAUGAUUUUUCACAUGCAACCGUGGAUGAUUUUGGCCAUACUACCAUUUACCAUAGGAUUCGAAGGAAAACGUAUUUUUGAUGGUUUCGAUACGUUCCUCCAAACCGACAGCUCUGUCAUGCUGGACAUGUGGCUACGAAUUUCGAUGGGAGCGUUUAUUGCGUUCGUCAUGGAAGUGAGCGAAUUUUUGGUUCUUACAAAUACUUCUAGUUUAACGUUAUCAGUUGCCGGUAUAUUCAAGGAAAUCUGCCAGCUGGUCUUGGCGGUUGAAUUGUACGGCGAUCAGCUCAGUCUGAUCAAUGUGCUCGGAUUGGUGAUGUGCCUCGGUGGCAUUUGCUGCCAUGUGGUUAGCAAGUUCUGGUCGUACACGGAGGAGCAACGGACGGUCGAUGGCUCUGCCAAUUACGAUGACGACGAGGAUGACGCCGGCGUUGUCAGUAAGAAUGGUGUGACGCCUAAAUAUAAUGCUAAUUUCGACAUGGCUGCAGCUCGGUUUAAAGUCGGCCAGCACAGACCACUGCUUGUGAAUGAUAAUCACGAUGCAGAAGAUUCGGACCAUUUGGUGGUUAACAAUAGAAACUACAUUUCGGAUAGUGAUCCAGGUGAUAACGAAACACAGGAUGUACUGUUCGAUAUACUGAAGCGACGUGAACGAUAAUUUGUCGAUGUUUCCUAUAUUGUUGCUGCGCUGUUCGUUUUAACAUUAAGUUAAUAAUUUAUCGUACGCUUAACAACAUCACUUCCGGAAAGUGUUAUCCAGUGAUAUGAACUGAAUUUGUAAAUUCCAUCUUUUUUUAUUACAGGGUCUACUUUUUACGUUAAUUUACGCUUUUCGAAACGACUUAAACAAUCACAUUCUAUUCCUAUCAUCUAAAAAGACGCACAGGAAAUUUGUUCCAAAUCUAUCCUACUUAAAAUAGUUUUCGUAUAAUGUAUGAAACAAAUUACCGUUGUCGCAUUAACAUUGGCAUUUAUGUAUAAAUAUAGGAAAAAUUGAAAUUGUACAAACUUACUACAGUGUUAUCCUAUAUUACCGCUAGUUUUGUAACAUGAUGACCCUUAUCGUUAGGCGAGAUGGAUCCAUAUAAAAUAGGUUAACCUGAAUGAUGGAACACAGUGAUAACUACUUAAAAUCAAUUCAAGAAAAUUGUAUACACUCGCCAUUCUGUCGUCUACAUUUUUAUGUUUUGAAUGUAACAACAAAUAAAACAAUAGAAAUAUACUGUAAUCGUAAGUAUAAGAAACGAAA